AUGCUGGGCGGCGGCGGGGCCAACUGUUGCUCAGCGCCCCGGCGCCCCGGGGCCCGCGGCGGGCAGCAGGGCGCGCCGCCCCCGGCGCCGUCUCCCGGCCGGCCCCCCGCGCCUGGCCCGCAUAGCGCAGCCGCCGCGACGGCCCCGCCGCCGCCGCCCCCGCCCCUGCCCUACUUAGCAGCGGCACGGCCGCCCGCCCGCCCCGCGCUUCUCCCGCGCCGCCAUCGCCGAGCGGCCGCGGGUGCCGCCGCAGCGCUGCUCUCGGCGGCCGCCGGAGCGAGGCGGAACCGCGCUCCGCUCCGCCCCACAGCGCGGGGCGGCAGCGAGGGGCGGGCGGGGGCUGCGCCGCCCCGACAGAGCGCAUCGCUCCCCGCCCCGCCCCCGCCGCGCCGGGAGCGCUCCGGUGCCGCCGCCGCCACCGAGGGACGGCCCCGAUUGGCGGCGCCCGCCCCGCGCUCGCCAUUGGCGGCCCCGCCGCCCGGCCUCGGGCUGCAGCCCCCCGCCCGCUCCGACCGACCGCCCCCGUGGGGAGCCCGGACUGAUCGGCACCGAGCCCGAGCCCGAGCCCGGCCGGGCCCCGCACCGCCGGAGGGUGGUGGGCGCUUGCGGGAGCCCCUCUCUGCUCCGCCGGGGCGCUCCCGUCAGCCCAGCCCGGCGGGAGGCUCCUCACCGGGUACCCCUCGCACAGCGGAGCCGCGCCGGUAA